AAUUUUGUUCAAUGGAGGGCGCUAUUGCAUUUAUGCGGCGCGCGGAAGAAGAACAAAUUGAGUACGAUUUUGAGCAUUGUUUUCUCUCAAAUUGUCACUUAAGUUAAUGUUCGAAGAGUGCAAGAUAUCUCGCAUCAUAGGAUAAGGUAAGGAGGAUACAAGGCCCGUACAAUGACCACGCUAGCAGAGCAGAGGUUCACCGCACUGCGCAAGCGGCUUGACCAGCUAGGCUACAGACAGGCCCUGGGCAUCGAGUCCCUCCCGUUGGUGGAGAAACUCUUCAAUGAUCUGGUGCACACAACCAGCAGCUUGAAAAAUGCCAAACUGCAGGCAAGUAGGACCGUCGAAGACAAACCCCCAGUCUGCACGGACGAGGCCUACCGCAGCGACAACGCCAAACUGGUCAGGGAAAACAACGACCUCCACCUCCAGCUCAUCAAGCUUAAGGAGGACAGCGAGGCCACCAUCAAAGACCUCAAGGCCGCACUGCGCAAGGUGGAGCAUGAGAACGCCGACCUGCGGUUCCUCAACUCCCAGUUUGUGCACAAGGUGCGGAGCCUGGAGAAGGAGUCUAAGGCCAAGGGGGACCGGAUCAGUCAACUGCAGGAGAAGAACUUUCAGGCCGUGGUGCAGACGCCCGGCGGCCGUAAGCGGCACAUCCCCUUCCGGCGCCAGAGAAUGGACAUCGACUGCACCGUGCCCGCCGAUGACGACCCCUACUCAUCCCCACUAGCCGAGCAACGCGGUGUCCGCGACACCUCGGACGACCCUUACGUGGCAGACUUGGUGAAGGUCGCCGAUAACAGGGCGGAGUCUCUCAGACGGGAGGCGGAACAGCUGAGCGCGGAAAAGGAGAGAAACGAGAAGGCAAUCAAGAGACUCACUAAGCAGGUUGAAACUCGCGACAACGAGAUCACCCGUCUGUCGCGGCAGUUGGAGGGAGGGCGCCCUUUUGACGUGGUGUCCACCGAGGCCAAGAACCGGAGCAACGAGAGGCUGAUAUCUCAUCUCAAUGUGCAGAUUGACUACUUACAGCAAUCCAACCGUGAUGCCGAGCGCCGCCUGCGGGAGGCCACCGUGGCCCGCGACAACGCCAACCAGAAGGCCCUGGAGCUGAGCCAGAAGAACGAGGAGCUCGCCGAGGAGCUGCGGAACGUGGACCGGCUGGCCCACCGGCUGAAGGCCGACAAGGAUAACGUGAUCCGGGCGGCCGAUCAUGACGUGAUCGAGGCCAAAGUGGAGCUGCAGGAGACGUCGCGGGAGGUGGAGACGUUGGAUCGCGUGCUGGACCAACUCAGACAGGAGAAUAAGAAUUUGGUUGGUGACGUCGACCAGCUCAAUCUGGAGCUGUCGCUGCAGAAGCAAGAGACGGGGAGAGUGCAGGAUCUCCUGGUGCGGGUCCAAGACGACAAGAGAUGGCUGAGUGAUAAAGUUAACAGGCUAACAUCAAAUGAGAGAGAACUGGUCCUAGAGCUAGAACGAAUCAGGACCAAAGCCGGCGGCAAGGCCAAGACUAAAUCGCCGACCAAGAUGGACACGUAUCUCAAGAGCCUGGAGGAGGAACGGGACUACUACAAGGGGGAGGUGGACGUCCUGAACAAGGUGCUGAAGGGUCAGCAGCUGACCCAGUCGGCGUCCAGAGGCCGGAGUCCGACCAGGGCGGGACGGGGGACCAGUCCGUCUAGGACACCCAGCAAGAUGGAUAAGAAGUCUGCCUCUCACUACGAGGCCAUCAUACGUGUGCUGGAGGACGAGAGGGACUUCUACAAGCGUGAAUACGACACGCUGAGAGUGAUUCGCUCAUCUGGGAGCCCCAAGAAAUCAACCUCGUCUCCUCCAAGAAAGGACAGGAGUGUCGCGGAUGAAGCCGAGAUCAUCAAACUGAGGAGGGAACGCGACGAGCUCCAGUCACUCCUUGACAAGUUUGAGAGGCACCUGGCAGAGAUUCAAGCAAAUGUGAAAGUCCUGACCAAUGAGAGAGACAAGACAAAUAUUCUAUAUGAACAGGCAAACAGCGAGCUUCAGAGACUAAGACGAGACCUCGUCAAGUCGCCCAAGACGUCCCGAGCCUCUGUGGCAGCUCAGUCCAUCCUGCAGCGGGUGGAGCUGGAGAGGGACGAGGCCCUGGCUGACCUGAGGAGGAUGGUGACAGAGAGGGACAGCCUUAGGGAGAGGUUAAAGAUUUCUACUGAUUCUCAUCUUGGUGAGAAGGCACGCCUGGAGCAGAAAGUGGAGGACUUGGAAAGAGCUGUAGAACAUGCUGAGCAGGAUCGUAGCAGCCUUCAAUCCAGGGUCCAGUCCUUCCAGGCCAUGAUAUCCACGCUGGAGGAGCAGGUGCGAUCCCAGACUCUGCGGAUAGAAGAGGCUUACGAAGAGUCUUCCCAGCACAAGGCCACCUCAACUCAGAUGAGGUUGCUAGCCGAGCAAGCAGAGACAUCGCUAGGUGAUCAUCAACGAAGGUUGAAUCAACGCUCAGGGGAGCUACAAGCAGCUGAUGAAAGAGGCGCUAGACUGGAGGAGCGUAUCACCGAUUUGACCAUCUCCAACAACGGCCUGCACGAUGAGGUGCGGCAGCUUCGCGGGACGAUCAGCUCGCUGGACAGGGAGAAGGACGUCCUUCAGAACGCCCUCGAUGACAAGACAGAGAAGAUUGCUGCCUUUGAGCACGAGCUGGCCAGCAGAGGACACACGCUCAGCGACACCCGGGCGACACUGGAGGAUCUUCAAGAAAGACUCGAACGUGCUACCGAUGAGCUGGGCAGCAAAGAUCGCGAGGUGCGCAGUCUACGCAGGCAGCUGGACUCGUCGCGAGACGAGUUGACGGAGACGGUGCGAGGCCGCGACGCCACCAUGAGGGAAAACAGGAGACUCCAAGAAGACCUGGCAACAAUGACAAGAGAGAACCAGGUAGUAAAUAUCGAGUUGGAGGAGGCAAUAGAAGAACGGGAAUCUCUCAAGGAGCAGGUGCAGGAGUACAUCGGCGAGGUUGCAAGAAUCGAGGAUCUACUGGCUGCAAAGGAACGUGAGCACAGGGACCUGUUGGAGAAUUACCGGACCGCCACCUCAGAGGCCCAGCGCUGGGAGACGGAGGCCUCUCAGCGCUCUGGGGAGUCCUCCUCCUUCAAGGUGGAACUGAUGACCAAAGAUGCCGAUAUGAAGAGACUCCGAGACAAGGUCACUCUACAGGACAGGGAGAUGCAACAGCAUAUAUCCUCGGUCCAAGCCUACGAGCUGCAGGUGUCCAGCCUGACCAGGUCCCUGGCCAGCCUGGAGGACACCGUCCGGCAGCUGCAGGAUGAGAAGGAGUCCUUAGUCCAGGAUCUCUCAGCCGUCAGGGAUCUCUGCGUCAAGCUGGAGAACACCAAGGAGGCAAUGUCGCGACAGCUGACCACAAGAAAUAUCGACACAGAACAGCUUGAGUCCACCAUCGAAGACCUAAGGCGCGAGAUAGAGAUGCUACGCAACCAGGUGGUGACGGAGAGGACCUCGGUGCGUAACCUGGAGACCCUCCUGUCCAACAACCGGGAGAAGGAAUUCCAGGCCCAGCUGGACAGCCAGGAGCAACGAUCGGAGCUGCAGCUCAUUAAGGACAGGCUGGCGCUGGCCGACAGUAAAGUUCAGAGCCAGAGCAGGGAAGUCCAGACUCUGAGAUCCAGGGCAGCGCAGCUGGAAGCAGACCUGGAGAAAGUCCGCAGGCAGCUAACCAGCGAACGAUUCGACAAAGAAAGAAUAUCUCAGGAACUUCGUAGAUCCACCCUCUCCCCGACCACCGUGGAAAACACCAGCUACACUCGCACCUCCCUGACCAACCACAGCUCCAGGAAGUCCACCAGCCCCCUCCGGUCAGCCUCCCCGACCCUCAGGUCUCUCUCGCCGGGCAGGUCGGGUCGAAGGUCGCCCGAGAGGUCGAUCCUGAGGUCGUCGCCGGCCUACCGUUCCUCCUCGCCCGAGAGAAGUAUGGAUGAGGAUAGGUUUUUGGAAUUUGAUGAGGGGUUUAAGAAUGGCGCGAUCAUGCACAAUGGGGUACACAAGGAUUUUGGGGAUCCCGUGGUGCCCAAGUUGAGUUUGUCGCGGUUGGGUGAGGAACGGAAAGAAAUCAUCUAAACGACAGCAACUUAAAUCAUUGUGUAUUCUACAAGACCAGCUUCGCAGGAAACUGAACGAGUGCCACUGCAGACUCCUAGCCGGUCUGCGAGCCGCCUCCCCAGGACCUUACACGCCCUGCAACAUCACCUGCCGCUGGUGCAUACUGGAGGACAUGGAGAGAGGUAGGCGGCUACAGACCCACAAGUCUAGUUGAACAUGUUGAAUGUUCGACUGAUGGUCCGUAGAACACAGUGUGUCUUCUAGCUGCCUUCCUUGGACCUUACAAGCCAUGCAACAUCACCUGCUGCUGGUGUAUACUGGAGGACAUAGAGAGAGGUAGGCGGCUACAGACCCACAAGUCUUGAAUGUCGGACUGAUGGUCCGUAGAACACGGUGCCUCUGCUAGCUGCCUUCCCAGGACCUUACAAGCCAUGCAACAUCACCUGCCGCUGGUGCAUACUGGAGGACAUAGAGAGAGGUAGGCAGCUACAGACCCACAAGUCUAAUUGAACGUGUUGAAUGUCUGACUGAUGGUCCGUAGAACACAGUGUCUCUUCUAGCUGCCUUCCUAGGACCUUACAAGCCAUGCAACAUCACCUGCCGCUGGUGCAUACAGGAUGACAUAGAGAGAGGUAGGCUGCUACAGACCCACAAGUCUUGCAUGAAGGACAGGUGAUCUGCAUAACAUAUUGGGUCUGCUAGCUGCCUCCCUGGGACCUUACACGCCCUGCAACGUCACCUGCCGCUGGUGCAUACUUGAGGACAUAGAGGGAGGUAGGCGGCUACAGACCCACAAGCCUUGAAUGAAGGAGGUGAUCUGCACAACAUAUUGGGUCUGCGAGCCGCCUCCCCGGGUCCUUACACGCCCUGCAACAUCACCUGCCGCUGGUGCAUACUGGAGGACAUGGAGAGAGGUAGGCAGCUACAGACCCACAAGUCUUGAAUGUCGGACUGAUGGUCCGUAGAGCACAGUGUGUCUUCUAGCUGCCUUCCUAGGACCUUACAAGCCAUGCAACAUCACCUGCCACUGGUGCAUACAGAAGGACAUGGAGACAGGUAGGCGGCUACAGACCCACAAGUCUUGAAUGUUGGACUGGUGCGCCCUAGAACACUGUGCGUCUUCUAGCUGCCUUCCUAGAACCUUACAAGCCAUGCAACGUCAUCUGCUGCUGGUGCAUACUGGAGGACAUAGAGAGAGGUAGGCAGCUGCAGACCCAUAACUCUUGAAUGUCGGACUGAUGGUCCGUAGAACACAGUGCGUCUUCUAGCUGCAUUCCUAGGACCUUACAAGCCAUGCAACAUCUGUAUGUGCCUAAAUCCAACCGAAACAAGGUAGUUCUUUUAAGUAGUAAUGUUUUCCGCUGAGUUAUAGCCUUUUGUAUUGCAUGUGAGAUGUCGGUUUUCAGAAAAAUCUUAAAUUUCAUUCUUAAAAAAAAAAAAAACACACCAAAAAAAUUCCAAGGUUUUGGAUGUCUGUCUCAUAACAAGCUCGAUUGGAAAAUAUCUCGUAAGCUGCGGGCCAACUAAUUCGUGUUCAUGCAUGAGUCACGUGAUUGCGCCAUGCAGUGUUUUGAGUAGUGUUUAGAGUAAAAAAAAUCAGGUUUUUGACCCCAGUGACCCCAUGAUGACCUUUGACCCCAGUUUGGUCAUGUGACAUGUUGGGGCUGGGUUACUGAUACUUGUUUGGCUGAAAUCAGUCAAAAUAUGUUUGAGCAAUAGACAAUGUCAACGUUUGUUACUAAACUAACUAUAAACUAACAAACUAAUGGAGAGACAAGAAGAUUUGUUGUGCUGCUAUUCCACAGCUAAAAACUACAUUCCACAUGAAUACAAACAUUAAACCUUGACUUUUCUUUACUUAACUCCUACCUCAAUUUGUGUGCAGAUUUUUGCUUUCUUGUUUUCGCUUUUUGUGUGUGCAAAAUGUAAUUAAGGUUCACAUACGAGGCGUUUGUAUUGGAAAAAUUCGUAUGUAUCAUUCUUCAUUUACUCCCAUAUUAAGAUGAAUUCUUACCGCCAACUUGACUCCACCCACAUUCUGUCAACGGUGCCUUCACUCUUAAUGUUUAAAACAUUUUUAAAAUUUGUCAUUCCAUAUUUACAGUAAUUAGUUUUUAUGACGAAUAGUCUGACCUUUCAGGUUGUGCACACGUUCCUUAAUUUUGUUUUGUACCCAUUUUUACAGUUUAUAAAGUUGUCAAUUGUAAAAUAGAAUAUAAACUUUCACGACUUGCCAUUUUAUAUUUAUGUAUAUUGUUAUGCGUUUGUAGGGUUUUAUUUAUUUAGUUAGUUUGUGCACCAUCUGUACUGAUAUUGUGUGGUUGUAAAUUUCACCCAUGAUGUCGCACUUUAAGGCAAAACAAAUUUUGGUAAUUGAAUAAGAAGUAAUUUUUUCAAUUAUUUUUUUUUUAAUUAAAUAUCCAUUCGUGGUGUAUGAAAACACACACAAACAGUAAUUAAAAAAACAGUAUUCAUGAACACAUUUUUAAUUAUUCAAUGCCUCAUUAACCCUGAAUUCUGCAAUUUUAAUACAAUAUUUUUGUCACCUGCCCUCAGGGUUAUGCUUAAAGAAUUUCGCAUUGAGUAAAAUGUGACUGCAGAAGUACCCUUGUAUGUUGAUUUCCUUAAAGAAACAUUCCCCACAAUCUGACACACAGAUACGAAAAUAGAACAUGUAGUGAGAGUGUAAGAAUCGAACGUGGGAAAAACUACAGCUUUUUGUCAAAUGUAUGUGUUAUUUUACCAUGAACUCGGCACAUGCUUGAUAGAGUCUGUUCCAUGUGUUCAAACAAUCACGCCGAAUUGUUCAAAUUCGUUGAUUUGCCAAAUUGUUUAAAUUCGUCAGUUUGCCAAAUAUUUGUUGGUACAUGCCGUCCAAAAAAAA